UAUGCCAGUCAGACAGCAGCAUUAUGCAUUAGGAGACUGACACAGAGGUUAUUCAGGAUAGAAUGUGGAAGAUGGCAAACCGAUGGAGAUGCAUCAUAGUACUUUUAGGAGUCCUAUUUGGCUUGGGCAUAGAAGCUUCAUCUUGGCACAUGGAUGACUUUAUCAAGGCCCUGAAGGAGCUGGAGGACAGAAAUCCUGAUCUGAGGCCUGUACAUUUACUGAGGGCCCUCCGCAGUGCAUCCAGCCUCACUGAUUCUUUCAUCCAGCACUACCUUGGAAAACCCAGGUCUGCUUCUCCCCUCCACUCCAAUGUGUCUACAUACCUGAUUUCUGCUCUCCAGUACCACAUCACUACCAAUAAUCAAGAAGUUGGGGUGGUACUGACUGGAGAUGGCACCACUGUGGCACUACGGCCUCUUCUUCUGGGCAUAGAAGCUGGCUUUCUCCGUAGACUUAGGUGGGACAUUUCAAGUUUUCACCCGAGCCCUUCUGUAACGACAAAAUCAUCCCAAUAUGAAGAUCUAGGUCCUGAUGGUUGCUGGGACAACCUCACCAGCCCUCAAAUAUUCACUCUGACACACAGGCCAAAUUUACUCACCACUGCCCAGGUCAACGGAGGAAUGGAUGGUCUCAUCUUGGCCCGUGAAGUGUUCAAAUCUAGAUUUCUUAAGCUUAGUGCUUUGUUGAUGCUGUACUAUGACCACCAGUUGGAUCAAAGAGGCCUGGAUGCAGCACCACGCCUCAUCAGCCAGCACCGCAGAGAGAACUUCAGACAGUUGAUGGAGAGUUCAGAGAGUAGCCUGGGUGUUCUGAGGAUGGAGGCAGUGGCUACAGUUCAAAUGCACAGAAGAAUGAAGGGGCAGAGGAGCAUGAGACUCAAGGAGAAGAAGCAAAUGAUGACUGUGGUUAACAACAGAGUCAAGGAGUUACUGCUAAAAUACACAGACUGCCCUGCCAUUGUCCCACGCUGCAUAUGGGGUGCACAGCCAUACAGGGGCACACCCACCAAUCUGACUCUGCCUCUCCGCUUCCUGUAUGUCCAUCACACAUCAACGCCCAGCCAGCCCUGUGUCACCUUACAGCAGUGCUCUGCAGAUAUGAGGGCCAUGCAGCGCUUCCACCAAGACGAGCGCGGCUGGGACGACAUCGGAUACAGUUUUGUUGCUGGUUCUGAUGGUUACAUCUAUGAAGGUCGUGGCUGGUACUGGCAGGGAGCGCACACUCUAGGACACAAUUCCAUUGGCUAUGGUGUUUCCUUUAUAGGCGACUACUCACGCACCCUUCCCUCUGCACAUUCUUUGGAGCUGGUGAGGAAUAAGUUGGCCUCCUGCGCUGUGCAAGGGGGUCGCCUUGUGGACAACUAUGUUGUGCAGGGGCACAGGCAGGUGGUGAGCACAACCUGUCCCGGAAACGCUCUCUAUAGUGAGAUCCAAACUUGGGAGCACUUUAGGGAGGUGACAUUCUUGUAGGAGGUGACAUCUGCCAAAGAAGAAUACUUAAAUAAAACAUAACACAACUCA